CCAGCAGUUGUCAGACAGUGCCACCCACCAGUUCCGCCCACCUGUGCCCAGCAGUGCCACCACCAGUGCCCAGCGGUGCCACCCACCAGUGCCCAGCAGUGCCACCCAGCAGUGCACCCACCUGUGCCCAGCAGUGCCACCUACCUGUGCCCAAAUGUGCCACCUACCUGUGCCCAGCAGUGCCACCCACCUGUGCCCACCAGUGCCAUCCACCUGUGCCCACCAGUGCCCAUCAAUGCAGUGCUGCCAGUCAGUGCCACCAGUCAGUGCCACCAGUCAGUGCCCAGCAGUUGCACCAGUCAACGCCUAGCA